CAGGCACAUAGGCUGUGUACUUUCCUGUCCUGAGACCAGGCCAGGCCACAAGAAUGGCUCUUCAUUUGUCGCUUUACUCUUUUUCAACCGGGCUCUCCCUUAGCCCUAACGCCGGUUUCCUUCCCGAUCGAACAACCUCUGUUGCAAAAGCCAUCACCUCAACAAUUACAACGACAACCUCAUCCGUGUACGGCGGCGGCGGACAAGGACUAAGACGACGAGGGUUCCACUCGCCUCCUAGCUGCCGAGAAUUAAACCACGACCUCAGCCGACCGCCGUCGCCGGACCCUUUAUGCGCUUCUGGAUUCUGCUCUUGCGGGCGAAGGCAUUUUAUUGAAGCAAUCGGUACCUCUUUCUUCGCUAGUCCGCCCUCCAGCGCUUCCACCUCACUCUUCGCUAUUCCGCCCUCCAGCGAUUCCACUCCACCUCCUGACCCCACGGCCAUGCUGAACAGCAUUCACCCUCCAAGGCCAGAUUGGUACGAGGAGUUCUAUGCAUCUGUUUUGGAUAAAUGCACAAAACCUUAUGAGGCGGAGAUUGCAGGUUAUAAGUCACAGCUCUUCAAUAACUUGAGAGGAAAGGCUGAGACAGUGUUGGAAAUUGGCAUUGGGACUGGUCCAAAUAUCAAAUAUUAUGCUUCUGAUGGUGGUGUCCAUAUUUUUGGGAUAGACCCCAACCGGAAAAUGGAAAAGUAUGCUCUGAAAGCAGCAGUGGAUGCAGGCCUACAGCCAACAAAUUUUAAAUUUAUACAAGCAAAAGAAGAAAAGAUGGAAAAUGGUACCCCAGGUGGAACACCAAUUAUCAGAUAUUUACUUUUUCAGAAUUUCGGGAGGAAAAAGAAAAGAAUCAUAUGCAACAAACUCAAGCAAUUGAGUUGUGAAAUGACUAUUAUGGUAGCAGAGGCUUUGCCAUUAAGUGAUGCUUCUGUUGAUGCAGUUGUUGGGUCACUCGUGCUAUGUUCUGUUAAAGAUGUUGACAUGGCACUGAAAGAGGUGAGGAGGGUGCUUAAACCAGGUGGACUUUUCAUAUUUGUGGAGCACGUAGCUGCAAAAGAUGGAACGAUUCUCAGAUUUGUGCAGGGUAUUCUCACCCCCCUUCAGCAGAUGGUAUCUGACGGGUGCCAUCUUACCAGGAAAACAGGAAAACACAUACUUGAAGCUGGGUUCUCAAACGUUGACAUAAACACGGCUUUCUUGUCGAGUGCCACGCUCGUAAACCCUCAUAUAUAUGGAAUUGCUUGCAAGUAGCCAGCUGAACCCCUAUCGUAGAUUUUGAUAGCUAGCGGCUGAAGAGCACAUAUAUUGCUACCACUGAUGCAAUCCUAGAGGUUACAUAUGCCAUUAUUGUUAGGGCUGGAUAUUUUUGUCUCAGGUGGCAGAUGAUUCAAAUUUCAGAUUGGCUUACUAUGAACGUCUUGCAGGGUUCAGGGGUUGACCGUGUUACGGCUUAACCUAGCUGUAAGAUUCUUAUGUCGUGAUCGAAUUUAUAUUUUUAUCUCUGUAUUUUUAUUUUUAUGUUUUUUUUUAUAUAGUUAUUUGAAUUUUUUGUUAUUUCAA